AGGAAGACAGUGUAGGUUUUUCUUUGGCCGCGUUUCCUUCUUUCUGCUUCCCUAACCUAAGCAAGAGCAGUGCAACGCCGUUCAUUUCUCCUGACUCACUCUCUCCGCCGUUGAUUCAUUUCCGGUGUCUGUAAAUGCCUCGCGCCACCACUCUCGAGUGCCCCGGCUGCCCUCCCCUUCGUGCUCUAACCUUCGACACACUCGGUCUUAUCAAAGUUCUCGAAUCCCGCGAAAAUCAAGGAGGUCUCAAAGUCGUAGAGCGAUGGGGUGAACCUGAUGCUUCCAAGUCCGUUAACGCUGUUUCAAUCAUUGACCGCAACUCCAAUCCGUUAUUAGCUGUAGCAAGGAAAAAUGGCCAGAUUGAGGUUUUGAGUCCUGUAACUGGGGUUUCUCAAGCUACAAUUUCGACGGCCAAUGAUGUAGAUGUUCAGUCUGAAGAGAAUAACGUUAUUGGUUUGCAUCUAUUUGGAAAACAAACUCUUGAGAUCGAUUCCAGGACUUAUAAUUUACUUACAUGCACGAGCAAAGGGAAUGCAAGCAUAAGGUCCAUUGAAGUUCCUGGUUCAGAGACAGAAUCUUCCGGUAGUAAUUCUUCAAAAACAUGGAAUGUAUGCAAUAGCGGUAAUGUUUUAUGUUGCAAGGUGGACGGAAAUGAGAAGUUUGCGUUAUUUGGAGGGAAAGGAGUUGAAGUCAAUAUUUGGGAUCUUGAAAACUACACAAAGAUCUGGAAUGCGAAAUCUCCUCCUAAAAACAGCCUUGGUAUAUUUACACCUACCUGGUUCACAUCUGUUUCAUAUCUAAGUAAAGAUGACCAUCGGAAAUUUGUUGCCGGCACCAAUAACCAUCAGGUUCGCCUAUAUGACAUAUCUGCUCAGAGGAGGCCUGUUCUAUCUAUUGAUUUUCGUGAGACACCAAUUAAAGCACUGGCUGAGGAUAUAGAUGGCAACACAAUCUAUUUAGGGAACGGGUCUGGUGACAUGGCUUCUGUUGAUAUACGGACAGGGAAAAUGCUAGGAUGUUUUACCGGAAAAUGCUCUGGAAGCAUCAGAUCCAUUGUCAGGCACCCCGAGCUACCUGUGGUAGCUUCAUGCGGACUGGACGGCUAUUUACGACUUUGGGAUACGAAGACAAGGCAGCUUCUUUCUUCUGUUUUCCUUAAGCAGCAUAUACUGCAUGCUGUUUUUGACUCAAAUUUCAUUGUUGAAGAUAUUCCUAAAGAAACAGAUUCUCUAGCAAGCAAAGAACAAACUAUGAAAGAGAUCACAGAUGGGGAGGAAAUUGAAGCAACACCUUUGAAAAGAAAAAAAUCUUCUAGAAAUAAAGAAAAUGUGAUAGAUGGUAGUGAAAAAAGAAAAGAGUCAAGGAUAGUGAAGAACACAAAAAAUCCAAAGGAGGCAAGUCAGCAUCCAAGAAAAGAAAUAAGAGCUCGAAAAAUGAAAUUCAAGAUGAAGGGUUGUGAUUUAGAUGGAUUGAAUACUAGGCGAGGUAUCCAAAACUAAUAUCGGGAUGUGUGGUGAUGAAGGCGGAAAAAGUUCGGGUAGGAGUUUGUGUUUGGUAAUUGAAUGAGCUUGGAGGUUACUAUGUGAGCAAGUUACUAGGCUGGUUAGAUUUGUUCAAUUUUGUGCAACAAGUUAAGAAACUUAAAAGUGAAAAUUUGUUAUUGAAGAAACAAUAUUUUGACUUCUAAAAAGUUGAAUGCACUAUUUUGAAUACAGAUACUUUUACAUUGAA